AUGGCUUUGUUUCCACCGGUAGAUUCUGUGGUGGCAGCUACUAAGCUUGUUCCCAGUUCCCGGGUAGAACACCAGAAGAACAACUUUCAGCAUGAACUCAUCCCUGACAAAGGGGAAAGUUUAAAAGAUCUCUGUGCCCGGAAGAACGGAAACUAUUCAUAUUGUCUUUCUGCAGAAAGCAGUCAACACAGCUCCAGGCAUGGAGGCUUCUGUUCAGCUGGACUGCAGAGCCAGUAUCUCACCAGCCAGACCAAGACUCUGCCAGCUAAAUCAGUAGCCAGAUGCAAAGAAGGAGUGGACCGUGCCCAUCCUCUGAAACCAAUUUUUCACCACAAGGGUGUGAGUGUUCCAGUGGUUAACACAGCACAGCUUGGAAGUUCCUUGUAUGUGGAGGAAGCUCCAAAUAGUAGGCCUUGCUCAAAGAGCAAAGGGAAGCCUCCAGCAGGGAGGUCUCAGCUAGCUGCAAUGCUCUCUCCUUGGACAGCAGAGCCUAAACAGUCAGCCUCCCAUCUGUACAAGAGAGAGCUGGCCUACAUCCUAAAGCUGGAGGCAGAUGGACGGCACUUAGAAGAGGAAAUUCGAAAGAAAGAGGCCCUCCUCAGAGAGAAGCUGAGGAGAACAAAGGAGGAGCUUAGAAGGAUUCAAAGAGAGAAGGCGCUUGUCGAGGCAGAGGAGAGAAGAAACAGAGAAGCAGAGAGGACCCAUGAGUGGAAGGCUGCAAGGCACCCUGAAGAGAAAACUUUCAGAGUUGCAGUCAGGCAAUGCAAUGGGGUCUUUGGUGGGGUGCAGUCUGCAGAGGUCACUAUCCCCAAGCCUGGCACCACCCUCUACCCCCAAGAGCUGGCUAUGGGGAAACUCAAGAAGGAGCGGUUGGUGGCCAGCAACAGCAAAAUUCGAGACCGCAUACCAAUGGAGCAUUUAGCCUCUUGUUCAGAGCUGGCCCCAAAACAUAGCCCUUCUCUGUUGGCCCUCUCAGACCAAGAUUCUGGUGACCACCCAUCUUUAGAGGUGCUGUAUGUGCAGGCUGCCAGUGCUGUGGAGCAGGGGGGGCUCGGACAGUGCAGCUUCUGCGGGCGUAAGUUUCUCUGCACCAGGCUUGAGAAGCACAUGAGUAUCUGUGGCAAGAGCCAAAGCUCCAAGAGGAAAGUGUUUGACUCCAGCAGGGCCAGAGCUAGGGGCACAGAACUGGAACAGUACCAGCGAUGGAAGAGCUCAGAGAGGCCUCAGAAUAAGCCACCCAGAAAGAACAACUGGAGACAGAAGCACGAGGUUUUCAUCCAGACCCUCCGCCAGGCUCGCCAGGUGCAGCAAGUCCUCUCCAAAGGAGGGAAGGUGUCUGACCUACCCCCGUUGCCUCCCAUCGAAAACCCAGACUACGUUGCCUGCCCCUACUGCAGACGCCGAUUUGCUCCCCAAGCAGCUGAGAGACAUAUUCCCAAAUGCAAAACCAUCAAAAAUAGGCCCCCACCCCCACCGCAGAGGAGGCGCUGCUGA